AUGCCGCCUCGAACGCAAUCCCCCGCCACGCCAGAGCAGCCAGCAGCUGUGCCCGGUCCUGCCGCUUCGGCGUCUGCCCCACUGCGCGUCCGGGUGAACCCCUACGCCUCCUUGGCGGCAAGACUUCGCUCUUUUGAAGGAUUUGACUCGGAUAAUGUGAGUGUGUCGGACUUGGCUGAGGCAGGCUUUUACUGGACUGGGGUGAGGGAUGACUGCGUGUGUUUCUCCUGUGGGCUUGGAGUGAGAAGUUGGGAGCUUGGCGACGUCCCCGUAAAUGAGCAUUUGAGGUUUAACCCGCACUGUCCGCAUAUUCGGCAUAUUCGGCGGGGAUUUGCGGCGCGGGGGCCUGGUUAUUUAAAUGAGUACGUGCGGUUGCGCUCUGACCAGUUCCCAGCGCCUCUAUUUGGCAUUGUUAAGAAGUUAACGCCUAUCUAUGUAGACCGCCGGACCUAUGAUAUCUAUGUAGACCGCCGGACCUAUGACCAGAGAUUUAAUUCCUACGGUGCCUGGCCUGUAGCCAUAAUGUGUGACAAGGGUGAUAUGGCGGCGGCCGGCCUAUUCUACACUAAAUUGGGAGAUCGUGUGCAGUGUGCCUUUUGUGGGGUCGAAAUUGAUGGUUGGUACAGCAACUCGGAUCCGUGGGUGCGCCACGCCAGGUUGAAGCCCACCUGCGCAUACGUCCUGACCGUACGGGGUAGUCAGUUUGUCCAAAAUGCUGUUGAUAGUCCGGUAGCCCCGCCGCCGGCGAUGCCUCCACCACCAGCCGUUGUGGAGCAGGCCUCUUCCACCGUAGAUAAGAAAAAUUGUAUAAUGUGUUAUGAGAAGGUCUUGAGUGUAACAUUCCUGCCGUGUGCGCAUUUGUGUUGUUGUGAUGAUUGCUGGACCGCCUUUGAUCGCUGCCCAAUGUGUCGGGAGGAAAUUACGACCGUCCUUAAAGUGUUCUUGCCUUAAU